UGAUGACCUCCCACCUGACUUCAACCCGCGUUGCAGUUGGAGACAUCGCCAUAUUGAUGCACCCUGGAUAAAGUCGCCUUCUACAGCUGUUCCGGUGUUUCCUGGCACGUCGAAAGGUCAUCUUCGUCCCUACCUCAUUGACCCCCUUCCCCUGGGAAGUCACCAUGACUACCAAUUACCCUCCGUGGACACUGUGAAGCGCCGCUCUCGUCGUGCUGCUCUUUUGCAGAAGGCUCGUAAGCCUGAACUUUAUCAUCAGAUUUGGACCAACAAUACAUAUGUUAGGGACAUAAAUAAUUUUGCUUCUAUACUUAAUCUUUCCGAAUGUUGGGUGUGUAUGCAUAUUCCUCCUCAAUCAAAAAGAUCUGGCAUAUUAUUGCAUGGUAUUCCUGUAAAUGCUUCAUAUAAGAUUAGUAAUAAUAUGAAAGAUAAUCGUACUAGUUCACCCCCUGUGUUUUUGUCGCUUGUAGAAACAGCGUCUCAUUGUUUUCAUUUCAAUCGUAAUAGUAGUAAAUUUUUAGGUCAUUAUCCAUAUUGUAAUUGGACCUAUGAGUAUGUUAAUGGAUCUUCUUGUUUUCUUAAUGUUACCACUAUGAGUGGUAGGCCAAAAGUUUUAGUUAAUAAUGUCACGACCAACAUGACUUAUGAACAACAGGCUAUGUGUAGAGAUUUUUAUGUUUGGUUUGAUUGGAUGAAGAAAAGCAGCAAAUCUACAUGUUUGCUUCAAUCUGAUUUAUGGUUAUUUUGUGGUACUAGAGCCUACAAAGAAAUCCCCUUUGCCUUUUCUGGAACGUGCACCUUAGGAAUAGUCAUACCCCUGGUCUAUAAACUGGACAAGCUCCCAGUGGUUCGUUUGCGUAACAAAAGGGAAGUGCGAUCACCUAUCUCUCAAUAUACAGGGACAGCCGUCUCUAGAUCUCUCCUGCCCUCUUUAGGUGCAGGCAUGAAUUACCGUGAUUUGCACAAAUUGGCUAAUUGGACUGAAGCCUUGUUUAAUUCUACUAUCUUGGCCUUAAAAUUAAUUAACAAAGAAAUGUCAGAAAUGAGAGAUGUGACUCUUGAAAAUCGUUAUGCUUUAGAUGUAAUCCUUGCUUCCAAAGGUGGAGUUUGUGCUUUAAUUCAUUCCCAUUGUUGUAUGUAUAUAUCUGAUCAAUCGGCCAAUAUUUCUGCUACUAUUGAUUAUAUGGAACAAAUGAUAGCCCAUAAUCCUUUGAAUCCUCCCGAAGGUUUUGAUCCAUGGGAAUGGUUGUCUUCCUGGUUGCCUAAUAGAGUGUGGUUAAGGAAAAUUUUACUAAUUGUAAUUUUGCUUGUUGCAGGAUUUAUUGUGUUGUGUUGCUGCAUUCAAUGCCUACCCUCUUUGUUUGCUCAAUGUAGUACCUGGUGGUAUCGUCCAAGACCUACCACUGGAGUCACAAGAGGAAUUUACAUUGCAAGAUAUCAGCGUUUAGGAAAUGAAACAAAUGAUUCUGAUUAG